AUGGGCUCUCGUGUGUUUCAGUUCGUUUUGUGCAACGAGACUAGCAUAGUUGUCCACCGCCAUUCUCACAGCAUAAAGCACGGUUCCUGGAGUACGUGGUUGCCUGAGCGCGUUUUUGCCGGUACCGAGGCUACCAUUUCGUGCUCUUUCAGUCGCGCAUUCAGCGGUGUGUGCUUGACUCUGAACUACGGAGCGAUCCUCAAUCGUGAGCGCUAUCUGCUGCACAUUAAGCUGGAACGUGUUGGCGGUGAUGAUGUGUUGUCUGCAGUGUUUGCUCCAGAGGGUGACGGCACGCAGUCUCCGCGCAGCAACUUGGAUAGGACGGACAGCACGUGCCCUGUGAUCUUCAAAGUUCACCACGAGAUCAUUGAUUGUGGUUCUGGAGGCCGUUUCUGCAAGACGUUCCGCAUUCGUGUUCAGGAGACCGCGGAUGGUAGUCUGUACAUAAAGGGUCUAAAGGAAUGUAUCGAGGAACUUGUGCAGCGACGCGAUGAUGUAUCGAAAUGCCAAGUCGCCGAAGGCGGCAUCGAGGCAUUCCAGAUGUACGAGUCGCUGCCUGACGACUUCACGUGGUCAUGGAGCACCUCGUCGUGGCUGGACCGUCUGCGAAAAUCUAACCGCUCCGUUUUGAUUCGCAUCGUAAAUUUAUCGGGAAAACAUAUGAAACUGCUGCUCGGUGAUGGCGGCACCACCCUCGACGAUGGCCAGUGGGUGGAGUACCCCGCCGAAGACCUCCCUCACCUAUGCUGCACCGAGUUUGGCGUGCGUAGCACCGGUUUCUUCGGAGGCACCGGCGGCAGAUGCGUGUACAAUAUUCUCGGCGAGAGCGGCGCCCUAAACUUCAGCUGGGAGCAACCCUCCAUAGGCUCCAUGGUGGCCAGUGGUGUCCACUCCAAGGGGAAGUACUCUAUCGCAAAGCAUUUCGAGCCGUUCAACGAGGCCACUUUAACGUACCACAUCUAUGAUGUGGUCCCUCCCACCAUUGACCUGUGGGCUGCCAAGGCCAUAUCGCCUGGCGUGCCCAGCAAAAUGCUGGACGUGAUGACAUUGCCGGUCGACCCCCGCGGAUACCACACCUUCGACCACAUCACAUUAUCGCCGCUCGGCACCAAUGCCAAGACUGAGCAAAAUACCGCAACGGUGACCAACGUGUUGCACCUGCUGUUGAGGUACCAUGAGCACGGGUGCGAGAACACCAGUGACAGCGUCGGCCCCCGCACGGAGAGCAUCAGCGGGACCGAGGGCGACGAGACCGCCAACGUCGGCGGUAGCAUAGGAACGGAUCUAUUUCUGAAGAGCCCGCGACACUUCUUCAACUCGGCUAUUUUGGGCAAGAGGCGGGACAUGCCCACCAUAUCGGCAAACUGCCUGCUCUACCUCGACUGGGGCAUCGGCAAUGAGCGUUUCUGCAAGAUAUUUCAGCCAGACGAGCGCAUACAUCUGCGCAGCUCAAUACCAGGUGGCAUCAACAGCAAGAAGUUGCUGUUCCAGUCCCGCAUGAUGUACUUCCGAUGCGACCGCCCCGAGGUGUUCCGCGACGCAGCUGCGGCGUCCUCCUCAGCCCGAGAUCGCCGCGCUCGCCCGUUCCUCCAGUCGCUAUCGCAAACUGAGCUCAUGGACUACGUGCUGACUAUCUUCCACUCGCUGUGCGAGGGGCUGCAGCCGUACGUGACCAAGCGCAUGGUGAACAAGUACGGGCCCAGCUGGAUCGACGAAGUUCGCGUGCCUGUGGGCCACGUAUGGCGCUCCGAAGACCAGGUGCGCAUUGACAUCGAGGGCAUGAUCUACAUUAUUACGGCGUACUGGAUGGAGUUGUUCGAGGACCUGUUCGACGGUAACUCAGGCACUUUGCACAUCAUACAGGUUAGUUUUGCUCUAUUUAAGCCCAUUCUUUGGCAGACCGCCGCCAUAUACUGGGCUAACCAGGAGCUACACAGGUUCGACUCCGAUUACGGUGAGUGCGCGUGUGCGUAA